UUUCAAUCUGAAGUCACUGUGUAAAAUCAUUUGUUUAGCUAUAAGUAAAUACUACAUUUUCAGACUGGACCUUGUAAAGCUUUGUCUGAAAUUUUCACCAGGGAUCUGAAUAAAGGCCUGGGAGCCAAGACGUUGAGUUGCCGUCAGGUCAUUGACCAGCUGGAGUAACCAAAGCUUUUUAACCCAGAGGCAGUACCAUGCCUAAGUGUAUCUGUAUGCUAAGCAGGUGCACGGCCUGAAAACCAGCCAGAAAGAAACCAGUGCUUCAGAGUGCUGUUCUGACGGUCAGGCUUGGUGUUCCUUGGCAGGUAGCACAAAAUGUGAGAUGAGGUCUCUGAUUUAAGGUUCUUGGUUGUAGUUCUCUGUAGUCAUGUGCGGAGAGAAAUGGGCACUGCUGGAGGGCAAUUCCUUUUGCCCGAGACACCAUUCGGUGUCUAGGGUAGUGUCAGAGACAUGCUGUUUCUUUUUCAUACACAAUAUGUAAAAUUGUCAAAAGGGGUUUUAACGUAUAUUUCCUAAUUUUUGUUUGUUCUACAUCAGUAUUAGUGGGGUUAAUAGGCUUAGAAGACUGAAAACAAAGGAUCUUCACAGUGUAUUGCAUCCACUGGAUUGUGGCUCUGCAUUGAUGUGAGUUCAGAGUUCAAGCAACAUAAUUCCAUUACUUUUAAAUUUAUAAAUUGGCUUUGUGAAAUAAGGCAAGAUGGAGAAAAGAUUUACGGCUGCUACCAGAGCAAAAAUAAAUUGUGGAAAUGCAGUUUAAAUGCAGGUUACAGUAGGGAGAAGUCACCAUCCACGAGCAUUGCUGUCCUCUUAGAGUUGGAAAAAAGAGACUGCACUGACCAAAGCCUCACUGCAGGGGAAUUCUGUUUUAUUCCAAAUGUUUAGUUUGGCAUAUUAAACAUGUUUGGAACACUAAUAAUGUUUAGUUUGGAAUACUGUCUUAGUUUACAUAGAGUAGAUCACAUUUGUUCAAAACUAAAAUGUAGGAAAUACUAGCAAGUAGAUUAAAUGAGGGAAUAAGAACUUUUUUGCUUUAUUAUCUAGCAUUCUCUUGUUCGAACAGUGUUAGGACAGAAGGUCGGCUUGAUAAUGUGAUGUAGCCGCUACUAGAGACUGAUUCACACUUAAGGCUGCUGUAGUGAGUCACAUGUGGUUUUAUCUGACAUUAAUAUUCUUCCUCUGAAGACUUUAAGGGAAUACAUGUGGCUGUAUCUAUAGCAUAGAACCUUAUGAAAAAUCAGGAAAUUGGUAUAACUGAUAGUAGUACAACCUGUGAGAUGUUAACUUACCUGUCUGAUAAUUUGGAUAGAACAGGUUCCUUCCUAUCUUACGUAAUACUUCAUUUUUCUGAUAGCAAACUAUUUUCUCCAAGCUUUGAGAGUUUAUCCUCUGCUUUUAGUAAUAGUUUCUCUCAUUAGGGCUGCCUGCAAGCUUGCUGUAAAGUACCUCUAACUAUACUGUAAGAGUGGAUUUGGGGAACAUACCCAGUUACAGCCAGAUACUGGCUGGCCCUUUCUGAUGAGAGACCAAGUGUUUGUCUAGCUUAUGAGGAAUAUUUCUUGGGGAAUGGAGUCUGCAAACGGGCAAUCUCGGAGGGGUACAGAAAUCAAACGGAUUAUGUUCUGUGCUUUCAGACCAAAGGCUAAGUCUUGAAAACAUGAUUCCUGCAACUGUUCACACUGUCCUGAGUGCUCUGUAUUUAUGCUGCCACAGAAAGAACUGGUUACACUCGAAGGAGAAAUACAAGAAACACUAAGGACUGAAAUGUGCUUGCAGCUAAAGUAUCCUCAUCAUGAAUAGGUACACUACUAUCAGACAGCUUGGUGAUGGGACCUACGGCUCUGUUCUCCUAGGGAGAAGCAUUGAAUCUGGAGAGCUAAUAGCUAUUAAAAAAAUGAAGAGAAAGUUUUAUUCCUGGGAGGAAUGCAUGAACCUUCGAGAGGUUAAGUCUCUGAAGAAAUUAAACCAUGCCAAUGUAGUAAAGCUGAAAGAAGUUAUCAGGGAAAAUGAUCAUCUGUAUUUUGUGUUUGAAUACAUGAAGGAAAAUCUUUAUCAGUUAAUGAAAGAAAGAAACAAACUGUUUCCUGAGUCUACAGUGAGGAAUAUUAUGUAUCAGAUCCUGCAAGGACUUGCAUUUAUCCAUAAGCAUGGGUUCUUUCACAGAGACUUGAAGCCUGAAAACCUCCUUUGCAUGGGACCAGAACUUGUGAAAAUAGCAGACUUUGGCUUAGCCCGAGAAAUCCGAUCCAGACCUCCUUACACCGAUUAUGUAUCCACAAGAUGGUACAGGGCUCCUGAAGUCCUUCUCAGAUCCACCAGCUAUAGUUCUCCAAUAGAUAUUUGGGCUGUUGGUUGUAUAAUGGCAGAAGUUUACACACUGAGGCCUCUCUUCCCAGGUGCCAGUGAAAUUGAUACUAUAUUCAAAAUUUGUCAAGUGUUGGGAACACCAAAGAAGAAUGACUGGCUUGAAGGUUACCAACUCUCAGCUUCCAUGAAUUUUCGCUGGCCUCAGUGUGUACCUAACAACCUGAAAACCCUCAUACCUAAUGCUAGCAGUGAAGCAGUGCAGCUCAUGAGAGACAUGCUGCAGUGGGACCCCAAAAAGCGGCCAACAGCUAGUCAGGCACUUCGAUAUCCAUACUUCCAGGUUGGGCAUGCCCUGGGCAUUCAGGCACUGGGGAAACAAAAGGAACUGCAUAAUAAAUCAUCUCUGCAUAUUAAGCCUGUCCCUCCAGCACAGCCCCCUCCAAAACUUCAUGCCCGCAUUUCAUCAAGGCCCUUUCAACAAAACCAGUCUUCCCAGCACUUGGUGUACCCACAUAAAAAAGACAACACUGGAGCUGAGCACAGUAACUACUUAAAGGAGAACAAGUCUAACCAGGUUCUUCUGCCAGCCAUUGCGCCACCUCAGCAGAAAACAUGUGCUGGAACUGAGAAUAUAAAUGGUGAACUUAAACCAAAACCUAGGCGGCGAUGGGGACAUCUUGCCACAACAGUGAAGAAUUCUGAAGACUGGGAUGACUUGGAAGACCUUGAUUUCAGUUCUUCUGUCACAAGAAUCGACGUGAAAAACAAGAAGAGGCAGAGUGAUGAUACUCUUUGUAGAUUUGAAAGCAUUUUGGACUUAAAGCCUUCAGAUGCUGUAGGCUCUGGCAGCAGUGCACCUUCCCACGUGACCUUUUCACGGCAGGACACUCCCACGUUGCGAGUUUCUGCAGCAAAGCAACACUACUUGAGACAUUCUAGGUAUCUACCUGGAAUAAGCACAAGGAAUAGCAUAGUCUCCGCUUCGAACAAAGAGUCUGUUCCACCUAAUCCCUGGCCCAGUUCUGGUUUGCCUGGGAAAGCUGCUGGUCUGGGAGGAAGUAUUAACAGGAUGAAUUCAGGGUCCAUAGGAUCAAGUGGUUAUAUCCCUGCAUUUCUGAAGAAAGAAAUAGGCUCUGCUGGGCAGAGGGUUCAGUUAGCACCAGCUGUGGAACAACCUUCUAAUUACACUUCCGUGAAGUCAGUAAAACCCCAUCUUGGACAGCCAUCGUUCAGUUCACCUACCAAAAGCACACCAAGGUUAAUGCCUUUCCCACCACCAGCUCAGCCGAUCCAUGGGCGCAUUGACUGGUCUGCAAAGUACGGUGCUCAUCGGUGACGUGUGGAAAUACUGUCAAAACCAGUGCAUUUCCCAUGAAAUGGUGGCUAUCACAAGACAAUUUGAUAUUGUUUUAUGUACCUCUAAAUCUAAAAGAAAGAGAUCCUCUAUGAACAAGACGUUUUGAAGGGUUUGGGUUUUUUUACUUUUAUUUGUAUUCACUUGAAUGCAAACUUGUACCUUUUUGUAUAAAAUUGUUUUGUUAUAUAAUUGGGUCCAGUUAUUUUCAUAAAUCUGAUACAUUUUGUAUAUAUGGCUUAGGGGUUUUGACAUUUUUUUAUGAUAAUUUUUUAUAAAAACCUUUUUUAAAAUUUCACUUUUCCUUUAUUAGAGUCAACUUUUUUUAUAAAAGUGGAUUAAAAAAGCAAAAUGGUGCAAUAUUGCAGUGGAAGAGAAGUACUGAGGAAGGGGCAUUAAUUAGACAUUUCCUGUAGUUUAUGUGCUAAAUGAGGCUGUAUAAUUUCACUGAUGCCACAUCUUCUUGUCCUCUGCUCAUCUGGUUCGUGCUGACAUCAAAGGAAUGAGUAACUAACAGUCUAAACUCCUUUGCCAGUCACUGAGAGACUGCCAAAAGUCAGUGGAAGGCUUCUUUUUUAAUGUAUUUUUGCCUUUCAAAGGUUUUGUUGGACUGCUGUCCAGCUCCAUUCUUUUGCUUUUACCAAAUUUGAGGAAUCUUGUCUGGUGAAGGGUGAACACCCUUCUGUAGAUCUGUUUUCUGACACAGCAUGCUUUUGUCCUGCUUUCAGAGUUGCUUCUUGGCAUUGUUCACUAGGAAAUAGAAGGUGGGCUGACCUCUGUUUAGUUCAUUUAAAUGUUCUCAUGAUUUCUAAGCAUAAAAAUCAGAUUCUGUUUUUUUGUUGUUGUUUAUAUAAGAUUUGAAGACCUAUUUAGGAUGGUAUUGACAACUGUAAUGCUGGUUUCCGAGUAACAAAGUAUUAGUGAUACACCAGUAGCAGAGUUUAAGCAAACAGUAUCUAUGCAUCUGACUUAACGUUCACAACUAUUCUAAAUAACUUUUUGGGAAAAAUAAUCCAGAGGAAAUGAGUCAGUUUAAGCUUACUUCAGUUCUUCCUCCUCUCUUCAAUACAUCUUCACUUACAGUGUCAAGAAUAUGUCAGCUUCCAUAAGUCAGGCCCAAGGCUGUACUGAAAAAAAUGAGACCUUACCUGGUCCUGCUAAAAACGAUUCUAAAUUUGUGGUUGAUUUCACAGAAACUUAUACAGCACUUUGAAGAGCAGUUUAACUUAGUUUGUAAGAGCAAAUAAGUUAUCAGGUUAUAGAGAAAAGAGAAUAGCCCCAUAGUGUAGUUUUAAUCAUGUAAUGGGAAGGAGUGCCAGAGUCCAGCCAUGAGCAAAAGAUUCAUUUAGAUCACAGUUAGCAUUUGGCAGUUCCAGCACUUCCUUCCACACAAGGAAGAUAAAACAGUGUUGUGGAAGAGCAUCUUCCAUAGCUGAGUUAUGGAACUGCAGCACCAAAGCUGACGUGCUCUAAAAAUGGAUCUUCCUGCAGCAGUGUACAGGAAUGCUCACCUUUCUGAGCUCAUCUUAUGAACAGAUAGAGCAAAUGGUAUAUUGACAAGACCUAAAUCCAGCCUGAAGGGAUCAGAGCAGGCAUGGUUCUCAGCAUCCGGCCAUUCUGAAGGAGCUGAGUGUCCAGGUACUCUGUUACUUGUUCAUGCAAGUGCUAACUCUAGGCCAUACCUAGCUGAUUCCAAAGCAGUGGUGCCAAUGCAUAGCAGUAAAACAGAGCAGCCCUUCGAUUUCUGAAGCACACACUGCUAGAGUUUUUUGGUAAGUGGAAAGGGAAAUACAUAUAUUUGUGUUAGAACUGGAAAGAGUUGUUUUUCUUGGCAGAGAUAAAUAUAUCUAGAUACCAGUUAAUUUAUUUUAUCACUCUCUCAAAAGGAAACACUAUCCUAAGUAUCUGUAGAUCCAAUGUAACUAGUCUGUUCCAUACACUUAAUUCCUACUACAGGAAGUGGGAGAUGGAAAAAUCAUGAGAAUGCUCGGGCUUGGAUUCGUGCUGGCUAAACACAAGCUCCUUUAUUGUGAGCUGAUUCUUAACAGUGAGUGAGGAUCAUGUUAAGAGAAAUUUGGUUCACUUGAGAACUUAGCUGCCCUCUGGAGACACCUGGGUCUCCCCAUUAAGGAGGGAGGCUACUCCACCUGCUGAAAGUAACACAGGAUGAAUCCAAACAUGGCCUGUGAUGUCUGAGCCUGUAUCAGCCCUGUGGUGAUAUGGUGAUUUUCCUUGACUAUAGCAUUCAGGUUCUGGUCAGUCAAAAGUGAAAAGACAGAAAAAGUAGAGAAGUAGUAGUACUCUUUUUUGCAUAUCUCCUCCUUUCCCAAAUUAAAGCCUUUAUUUAGGAAAAAAAA